AUGUACUUAAUACAGCGAAAGUUUAACCGUAAACUCUCGGAAAGACGCUACAACCGUCGUGUAACCCCGUUACAGUAUUAUAGUGAUCGAAGCCAAAGGAGCUUGAAUACGACUGCUCGCUUUCAGUCACGAAUACUAGGGGUGUCAGAGAAUCGUGGGGAUGGUCCUAUUUGCGACUCGAGAACUGUUGUUCAACAUGUGGCAACCGAAGCCCUGGAGCAUCGCCUUGCUGAGGAGUAUUGGAAUCGAAAAGUCACCGCACUUUCUAAUCGGAACCCAGGCGAUGACGAGAUGGAAGUGGGUUCCGCCUCCAAACUUCAAUUACUGAGUGAUGAAGUCAUUUGCCCGUGGGACCAACAUACUUUGGUAUCAUAUUUACUACGGUGGAGCGACGUGUAUGCUAUUCGCACGGAAGUGAACGCGCUCUCAGUUGUUACAAACCAUAUGAUGAAGCACGAGGUCCAGAAGUUUAGGUUCAUGGGUCGUGACGACACUAACGUGACUAGUGGCAGUUAUGUGAACAAGACGAUGGUUGAUUCAUCGACAAGGCAGCUUCUUGCUGCUGUAAGUCGUGCGCAAAUGCUGAUCCAGGAUGCUGUAAUUGGUUCCGAGAAACUUGCGCUACAUUCUGCAUCAAACCAGCUUCCUAACGAGAAAAAACAACUGAAGCCGUUAGAUUUCGAAGGCAGAACAGGAAAUAAAACAAGCUUUUCCAGCAGGGAAGCUGCACCAUCUUGCCCGAAUUCGACUUGCAUAAAUGACGCAGGUGCUCACUCGGAUGAUGCUGUUUCGGAGACCGUUUGUCAUGCUGAAGCCAUUGCGUCGAAAGAUGCAGACAGCUACGACGCUAUUGAAGACGUAAACAUUGACAUUGGUAUGACUGGAGAACAACCUGAAGUAAAUGAUCUGAUUCAAUUAUUGGCCGUCACGAAACAAGACAUGCAGGAGCUUUGCGGCCACAAACCGCGGUCAGCUCGCAUGCGUGAGAAAGUUCAGAUGCAAUCACUGCAGCUUGCGCGGCAAACGGUCGAUAUUUUCCGGAAUAUUAGGAACAUGUAUGGUUCCCAGCGGCGAUAA